AUUGCAACAGCAUCCAGGGACCACAAUAAUGAAUUUGAUAAUUAUAGCCGCUUUUAUAGCGGUAUGCGGAGCUGCUAAGCUCGACCGCACGUACCUCCCACCUGCAUCAGCUAAAACAGCUGGAGGUUCACCUGGGUCUUUACAAACUCCCUUACAGAACUCUCUAGGAAACAAUGGCCUAGGUGGACUCCCAAAGGGUAGUUUUACCAAUGACUUUGAAGGAGUUGUCGUUGAUGCUGCUGCUGCAGGUACCAGGGCAUCAGGAAGUGAAGACACUGGUCUUGGAGCACCGAGAUUGUCCUAUGGGUCGAUUAAUUCUAAAGUCGGAGCUGCGGGUUUUAAAACAAAUGAAAAUGCUUUCAAUAAUGAUGGGCAAUCAACGAAUAAUCAAAGAUUCCAAUCUGCACAAGGUUCUAACUUCCAAACUGGAGGCGCUGAACGACCGAGAGCAGCUUUGGACAGAGCAGCAAACACUUUGAGAUUUGAAAACGAAGUAGGUCCGGAAAGUUAUAGCUACGCUUUUGAAACUGACAACGGUAUUACUGCUGAAGAAAAUGGUGUAGCAACGAACGGAGUACAGGCUCAGGGAGGGUUUUCGUACACUGGUGAUGAUGGUCAGGUUUACAGUGUAAGUUAUACGGCUGAUGAGGGAGGUUACCAGCCUAAAGGAGACCAUUUGCCUACGCCACCUCCAAUUCCUGAGGAAAUUUUAAGGAGUUUGGAACAAAAUGCGAGAGAUGAAGCUGCAGGGCUUAUUGAUGAUGGCUCAUACGAUGCUCAGAAGUACAAUGCAGGAAGCGAUUACUCAGAAAGCAAUAACGCACAAGGAAAAUUUAGCCAUCAAUCGUUUAAAUUCGGACAAGUGGAUGCAACUGGAAGCGGAAGUUUUAUCAGCCAGAGCAAUCAACCUUUUAGACCUGGAGUAAAAGCACAGGAAAAGACAAGACAUCAAGGAUUUUCGGGGCAAGUGGGUCAUUCACAAGGACAAGGCCACGAGAGCUUAGAACACGGCGAAAGUCCAAAUAGAGCAUUUGGUACUGACGGGUUUGAAGAACAAAAGUCAAAUGAGGACCGGAUUGGAGCUACAAGCAACAGAUUUGGAUCUGGAUCAUCAUCAGGGCAGACAGGUUUUGGAAGCAAACAGCCUCAGGCUGCCAAUAGAUUCAGUCAAAGUUCUUCAAGUCGUUUCGAAGCUUCCAAUCCAAAUAGACAAAUAGGACAGUCUGGUUUUGCAUCAGCGCAAAGUCAGACAAACGGUUUUGGGUCUUCCGCUAGCGCACAAUCUAGUCAAGGUUUUGGCAACAGGAACGAGUACUUACCACCAACUAAUGGUUUCAGCCGUCCACAAAAUGGUCGCCCUCAAAGUUCAAGACCGCAAGUUGAUAGUUCUCCAGAUAGUACCAUGCAAUUCAUUCAGGAAGUCAAUACCAACGAAGAAAAUACUGACAAUUUUGUAGCACUAUCACAACAGAAAUUACAAGAACAAAAGCAACCUCUGGGAACUACUUCCACAUCCUAUAACCAACCAAUCUCUGGUAUUUCUGGACAAUCUAAUUUCGGAACCAAUGUUAUCUCCUCUCAAAACCCCUCAUCCAACAAUGGUAGACUCUCAAAUAGAUUUGGUCAAGGUGGUCAAUCUAGUCAAGCAUCAGCUAGCUUUGGUAGUAGAAAAGAAUAUUUACCUCCGACGACAGGAUCUAAUCAAAAUAGGUUUUUAAACCAACCUAGUGCUUCUUCUGGUAUGGGAUCGCAAUUCAAUCAACAAUCUUCCCAGUCUGAUACUCAUUCACCUUCACAUCAAAACCGUCUUAGUCAUAGCUCUACAGCUAGUUCUCAAUCUGCAUUUGGAUCACAACAGUUUAAUGGUUUCGAAAAGCCACAAGCAACAUCAAACGAAAAACAACGUCUAUCCACAGGAAGUAGUCCAUUCUCAUCUGCUCAAAGCAUUUUGGAUCAGAAAGCAACUGCAGAGCCGCAAACUGAAUUAACUACACCAUUUGAAUCUAGUGCCGACUCUUCUUCAGCCCAAUCCCAGACGACAACUUCUGACAAGGUUUUGUUCGAUUCUAGUCCCUCUAAUAGACGUCCCUCUCAAACCCAAUUUGGAAACCAGUUUUAUCCUGGAUUAUCUGCAUCACCAACUCAGCCUUCAUCAUCAGCAUUGCCGUCUUUUGGGUCGCAAAUAGGUUCUGGAUCUGUUGGACAGACACAAGCUCCAGCUUUCCCUACUCAGGCGACCCGAGGGCAGUUCAUUCAACAAUCACAGUUCAACCAACAAUCUCAAGGUGCGCAAAAUAAUGAUGCGCAGUACUCUGCAAGUACUCAGAGACCCAGUAUUAACCAGCAACAACAAGGUUCUGAUGAUUCAUAUUAUUACAACCAACCUUCUCAACCCUUCAAUACUCCUCAGUCAUCUCGUUUUCCAAGUGUUCCAUCUAAUCAAUUUAACCGAGUAGGCCAGGGUGCUCAAAGCAAUCCUCAGCUUACGAAUGCUCGUCAAGAUGUUUCUGCUGGUCCCUUUGUGGCCCAAAGCGGCAACUAUCAAGGUUCUUCUAAAUACCCACGACCUCCCACAGUAGCACCUACUGCUUUUACACCUGCCUCUACACAGAGCCAGUAUCAAAGUUCUGGUUUCAAUGGUAUAACUCAGGCCUCAAUAUCACCAUUCCCUUCACAAGCGCCUACACAAUCAUCUCAAUUCAACACUGAAACUCAGUUCGAUUCAAGACCUCAAACUUCAAACCAGUUUGAUCAAAACUCUCGAAAACCAUUAUUUGGUCAGCAAACUACCCUUACCCAGUCUUUAUUCGGUUCACAAUCCGGUCCUCAAAGUUCUAAAAGUCAACAAUCUUCACUUCAAAAUCAAGCUCAAGCUCAAACCUUUGGACAGCAAGACUUAAACCGAAACCAGCCGGGAAAUGAUGAUACUUCUUCUCCAUCCGUAGCAACCCAACAAUACGACGGGGAAAUUUAUGACUAUGCUAAACCAACACAAACUCUGCCGGCUCCUGAAGACGCAGAAACUACAUCUGGACAAUUUGGUCAGAAAAAGCAAACCCAAUUUAGCGGUCAGUCUCGACCUCAAAUGGGACAGGAUAAUGAAGACAGUCAAAGUUCGACGAAUUCUCAAUUUUCACAGAUAUUUGAGACUACAAAACCUGACUUUGGUGCACAGACAUCAGUACCUCAAUUUGGACAAAACAACUUUGCUGUACAGAAUGCUCAGCAGCAACCAAUAUUUGGCUCAAGGUCUCAAUUUGGCCAACCAGCCCGAACUCCAUUUGGACAAACCGCUUCAGCUCAAGCUACAUUUGGUUUACAGUCCACAAGUACUCAGGGACAAUCUGAACAGACAAAGUUUGCUUCACCAUCAAGACCUUCCAGUCAAUCUCAAACAGAGAAUCAGGAAAAUAGUGAUGGUUCCCAGUUUGGAUUUGGCAGACCAUGUUGUCAGUCAUCCAUACCCAACUCUGGUUCUCAGCCUUUGCGAUCGAGCUUUGGGGCACAACCUACAAGACCAAGCUUCGGGGCCCAACCCACUCGGCCCAGUGUUGGUACUCAGUCCCAGUUUGGGCAGAGUCAGUUUGGUUCUCAAAGUACGUUCCUUGGUGCUCAGGGCACUGGUCCUACAACAAGUAGCUUUGCAGGGCAAGGAGAAGUCUUCGAUGCAUCAAGGAAACCCCCUGCAACCAGCUUUGACUCUGAAACUGGUUACCAUUAUUAAAGAUUGAGUACCUUUCAUGGGCCUCUGAGCAAAACUUGUUAACUUAUUUUUAAUUUUAUGGCAACGUGAUUAUUUUGCCAUGCAAUAUUGACAGUUAUAAGUUAAUUUCUUUUGUUUAUUAUAUGCGGUAUGUUUAACGUGCUUGCUAUUAUUUGUCUGUAACAUUGCUCAAAUGCUUUAUGGAUACCUUUAUGAACACUACGAUAAUUUAAUUUAUUGGUCAGCUUUUGUUUUUAAGAUAAACAGCCUUAUUUGC